GCAUCUAUUUAACUACAAGUCUCUGUUUGCUACUGUCUAUUCAGUUGUCAAUAUGUGAGUUAAAUGAGGUGCAUGCCCCGCAAUCAUGACCUCCCAUUGCUUGCAGGGGCUAUCCGACGUCACUGGCCACAUUCACUGAAAGCCCCUCUAUUCUAUCCAACCUCACCAAGCUCAACUAGCUCGAGCUCCAUCAGCCGGAACAACUAAAGCCGCCAUAACCUCACUCUGGAUAUCCUCAGACUAGAGAAUGCCCGCCCCCGAGAUACCAAACCUUCUAAAUUCUCUCCGCGGUUCUCGAGGAGGGAGAGGCCGUGGUAGAGGCAGAGGAGGUCACGCCUCAUCAGCUGUUACUCACGAUGCUACCAUCCAAGGCACAGAUACUGAUGCUUCGGUGUCGAGGCUGAGCGCUGUUGAUUUGGGGUAUCUUUAUGAUCCGUAUGCUCAGUACUUUGUGCAGAGUGGCGAUGGGCCGGUGGCAAGACGACUUCCUAUAAUCAAUCGAGGAACAUAUACCCGCACCAUCUCUCUGGACACUCUUAUCGAGUCGUUUCUGGACGGCGAUAAAGAUAGUGAACAAGGCUCAGGACCGAAACAGGUUGUAUCUUUGGGCGCUGGUACUGAUACAAGACCGUUUCGACUAUUCUUUUCAGAGUCGCGUCCUGGAUUGGUCUAUCAUGAGCUUGAUUUUGAGGUUGUCACCUCAAAGAAAUUGCGGACUGUACAAGCGACGCCCAAGUUGAGAAAUAUCUUGAAGGAUGCUGCUCAGUUGACUGAACACUCCUGGUCCGCUAAACCGACUGGAUGCGAAUACUACUGCCACGGCCAAGACUUGAGAGGGUUCUCUCAGUCAAAAACACCGAAAGAGGAUGAUGGGACAGAAGCAACAACGAAAGAAAGCCCCGAGAUCUCUCUUCCUGGUCUACGAACCGAUAUCCCAACACUGCUUCUCUCAGAGUGCUGUCUCUGCUAUCUCACCGCCACCGAAGCCUCAGAUGUAAUCAACUUCUUCGGCUCACGGAUACCCAAUCUCGGCACCAUCAUCUACGAACCAAUCCGUCCAGACGACGCCUUUGGCAAGAUGAUGGUGUCGAACCUAGCAGCGCGUCGCAUCCAAAUGCCCACUCUUCAGAUGUACCAUACACCGGAAGACCAACGGGCAAGAAUGAGCAGAGCUGGAUUUGGCAAGGUGUAUCAUAUGACGAUUGAGGAUAUCUGGCAGAAUUGGGUAUCGGCGGAUGAAAAGCGGCGUGUGGAUUCACUGGAGGGGUUGGAUGAGGUUGAGGAGUGGAAGUUAUUGGCGGCGCAUUACAUCGUUGUUUGGGCUUCGAAAGGGGAGGGAUUUGAAAGUUGGGCUAGCGUAAGAGGCUGUACUUGAUUCUAUAGAAUAGGCGAUGUCAUGGACAAUUCUAAGCAUGAUGAAUGCUUCCAAGUUGACUUA